CUUCUUCAAACUCACCAAUUUACCAAUAUUGCAUACUGGAGCAAUGAGCAUGUGAAGCGAAAACCAUGGGAAGUACUUCUUGCAACAAUUUAUAAUUGCUCAAAUCCUCAAUAAGGAAGAGUCCAAUUUUCCUAGAUUCAAGCACCAAAUCCAUCCAACUUGCAAGCCAUGACAUGCUUUAAAAUGUAUCAUUUCCACCUCAAUGUCUGAACUACCAUCCCCAAAACCUUAAAAUUUAUUUCUGCCUAAAUGUCAGAACUAUCAUCCUCAAAACCAUGAAGCUUGACCAACCAAGAUUGUCCUUGUGAGGUAGGCAUAGGAAGAAAAUCAUCCCACCUGUGUUGUGCAGAUAAUUUAAAUGCAGGACCCUGUAAAUAACAAUCCACAUAAAACAUGAAACCCAUAACAAGUUUAUCCCAAAACCUUUCUUCAAACAUGGCUUCAAUAAAGAGCAGUGUGUCUGAUAAACAAAGCAAACCUACCACAUAUGAACAGCAGGACACCCACUUGUGCAAACAGCCAACUAAUUCAAAAAAAGAUCACCCACCAUCAAUUCAAUUCACCAGUUUUUUUGGGAAACCAAUCUGUGCCUUCUGUUUGAAAACUUUCAACCUGAAUCCCUCAAAUUUGACUUCUGAGUCCAAACUUGAGUUCAUUACCUUUAAUGAAUGCAGUGGCAAACG